AUGUUUCAUGUGCCACGAUGUUGUCAUCGAUGUGCAUGUGAAUGUUGUUUAACCGAAGAAGAACGAAUUAAUAGAGACAUUGAUAGAGAAUUACGUCAGUUACGACGAAAAAAUUUGUAUGAACGAAAACUUCUGCUCCUCGGUAACACCGAGGCAGGAAAAUCAACAUUUCUUAAACAAAUGAAAUUAAUUCACGGACGAGGUUUUAAACCUGAUGAAAAACGGCGAACAAUUCCGUUUAUUUACGGACAAAUAGUAUACGUUGUCAAAUGUAUAAUUCGUGCCAUGAGAAAAUUGAAAAUUAGUUUUGAAAAACCGAAAAAUGAGGAAUAUGCUCGUUUGUUAAGUGUAUCAGAUGACUAUGAGCCAGUAUCAUCGUUUGCUCCAGGUUUGGUUGCUGCAAUUAAAAGCGUAUGGCAGGAUGAGGGAGUGAAAGCGUGCUAUAAUCGUCGAAGAGAAUACAGAUUAACAGAUUCAGCAAAAUAUUUUAUGGAUGAUAUUGAUCGUAUUUCUCAUCAAGAUUUUCAACCAACCGAUGAUGAUAUGUUGAGAGUUCGUAUACAAACGACAGGCAUUGUUCAAGAAAAUUUCAAAUUUGCCCACGUUGAAUUAAAAGUGGUCGAUGUUGGUGGACAAAAAACUGAACGACGAAAAUGGAUUCAUUGUUUCGAUAAUGUUACAUCCGUCAUUUUCUUAGCAUCAUUGAUCGAAUACGAUCAGAUGGUUGCAGAUGAACCAAAUGAAGGUUCAGCAAUAACAGUAAUGGAAGAAACUAAAGCAUUAUUUCGUAUUAUUUUACAAACAGAAUAUUUUCAGAAUGCAUCAGUUAUAUUAUUUUUAAAUAAAACUGAUCUAUUUCAAGAGCAUCUACUCGUUUCACCCUUAUCGAAAGCAUAUCCAGAAUAUAAAGGAGAUGAUCAUGAUGUUAAAGUUGCUCAACAAUUUAUAUUAGACAUGUAUUUAUCGUUAAUUCCAGAUGUUUCUCGAAAUAGCGAGAGAAAUGUUUAUCCACACUUUACAUGUGCCACCGAUAGUAAAAAUAUUCGAAUUGUAUUUGAAUCAGUUAAAGAUACCGUGUUGGCAAAUAAUUUGUAUUAUUGGACACCAUUUUAA